CUUAUUUUCCAGGUUUUUAUUUACGUACUUUUAUUUUCUUCAAUCAAAUUAAAAUGAUUCAAACACCUUUUAAUAUUCUUGGUUGAAAUGUAUUCCUUUCUGUUUUCUCAGGUGUUUUUGGAGUAGUGGCCAUGUUGUUUCUGAUUCUAGUUUUCUGAUAUCCGUGUCUUUAUUUGAUUCAGGCAAACAGUGAGCGGACCGGCUACAUCCUUAGGACUUUACAGUAAUAAUAAACCAGAUGUGUGUGUGAUGUGUGUGUUUUCUGUCGGGUUUCAAUCCUGACUGAGGACUCUGACGGCGGCAGGGACAAUCUGUCCCCCCCGCUCCGCCUCGGCUGCCAGGACGGAUCCACGGUCGGGUGUGAACGGCCAUCACUGCUGCCGCCUCCCACUUUCACACGAACUGUAUGAGUUUUCACACACUGCUGGUCAGCAGCGGGUCCGUCAGCAGAUUGCAGCUGAUUUGGGAGGAAAGAUGUUGGAUUGACAGCUGCUGGUCUCUUUGAGCUGCUGACACACCAGCCUGUAAACAUCUGGACACAUCUGGACUGUAAACACAGAUUUGGACCAGCAGUGACGGCGUGGGGAGUGGAAACCCUCUGCAGAAGUUUAUGGAUCAUCAGCCAGACGCAGCGGUGAAACCGAACCCUGCAGACACCCAACACCUGAGAGAGGAAACUCCACAGUGGGUCUGCUGUCUGAGUGAGCGACCCGGAGAGCUUCAGGCUGGAGUUCUGCUCUACAUCAACCAGAGCCGGUUGCCUAGCAACGGAGGCUGCCCUCCCCCGCCUCCAUCACGUCCAGUUUCCACCUGCUGCUGGCCGGAUGAUGACAAACGCACCGGGAGCAGCUGCUGAGAUCUCUCUGGAGUCAUGAAGGAGUUCCUGUUUGUCCUCCUGCUGGCCGCCGAGUCGUCCUGCAUGUUUCUGAACUGGACAUGUGAUCGAAGCUGCGUUUGCCAUGGAGACCUUAAGUUCACCACCUGCUCACAUGACGACCUCACCCAGCUUCCCGUCAAAGUCCCGCCCUCCACCGAACUCCUGGACCUGUCCAACAACCUCAUCUCCGUUGUCCCCAAACACGUCUUCAGCAGCAACCGCAAGCUGAGGGUUCUUCUGCUGCAGAACAACAACAUCAGUCUGGUGGAGGACAGCGGCUUCGCCCAGCUGGAGUUCCUGCAGAAGCUGGACCUGAGCUGGAACCGGAUCUCCGUUCUCACCGAGGGAUUCUCCGUCGGCCUGGCCUUCCUGCGGGAGCUACAGUUGUCCCACAACCAGCUGACUGGCCUGGAUAGUCGGAGUUUCCUCCACCUGGACGGCUUGCAGAGGUUAAACCUGACCAACAACAGCAUCCAGAGCAUGGAGGUGAGAUCGUUCUCCUCCAUGAGCAGCCUGCGUCAGCUCCACCUGCAGGACAACCAGCUGACGUCUCUGCGGAGCGGCACCUUCUCCAUGCUGCGCUCCCUGGAGGUCCUCAACCUCGCCGGCAACCAGAUCCAUGAGAUGGAAUUAUUGGUGUUCAACCCGCUCACCAGCAUGACCUUACUGAACCUGGCCGAUAACCAGCUGUCCACCAUCUGCUUCAAGACCUUCCUGAGCAUCCAAACCUACAGCACCCACAUCCUGCUGCGGGGAAACCCCUGGAACUGCGACUGCGAGCUGCAGAGGGUUUUCAGGAAGCUGCGCAGCAUCCAGAGGAUCUUCCUGGACGACUACUACAACCUGACUUGCAGGGAGCCGGCCGUCCUGCACAACCACCGGCUGAUGGAGGUGGACACUGAGCUGUGCAUUGCUGAGACGGUCACCGUGCUCAUCAUCACCAUCACCGUGGUGAUAACCGUGCUGGCCGCUAUGCUUAUGGGCGAGAGGAAGAAGAAGAAGAGGAGGAAGGGGCUGCACUGGACGCAGCAGGGGGAAUUUUCAGAUGACUCGGAUUUCUGAAGCAGCGUGGUUUAUUUUCCUGUAAACUUUUGCUGGAUGUUCAUUUACACCUAAAGUGAAACUCAACGGUGUUCGUUUGCCUUGAAAUCUUGCUAGUGGCGGUUCUUACAUGGACAAGACCCUCCCUCGGUGGUCUCUUAACCAAUCAAAAUACAAGAAAUCUAAAUUCUUGGAUGGUCAAAAGGAAGUGCAAUCCUGCAGAGAGCCUCUAAAAUAAUCUCCAUAUCCAGACAGACUGAACACGCAUGACAGGAAUAAAAGAAAACUUUCAAAACGGAACUGAUAAGAUUGGACGAUAUGGAUUUAUUUUGUGAUAUUAUUGUGACAACUAUAAAAAUUAUGAUAAAAAACACUAAUUAUCUACACAGGAUAUUGUUCUUGAAAGCAUUCUCAUUUUAUUAGGCUUAUUCAGGACGCAACUUACUUAAAAAGUGUGAUUCAUAUAAUUAGAAUUCACUCAGUAACUGCAAUUAAUCGUACUUUUGAAUUGACUCAUAUUUAUUGAUAUUCCUGUUGAACAGAAAGUGGGGAAAAUAGCAAAAAUA